AUCACCGACAACUGACGCCCACCACAUUAACAAGACGCCCACCAUGUCUGCCCUACCACGGUCAAUUGCAUCAAGACUGAUCGCGCCUUCUCUGCGCCCCUUGGCGCCCCGCGCAAUUGCGCCAGCUUUCCGCACCUAUUCCACCAACGAGCCGGUUCCCCAUGGACACAAGACGAGCACCGAAGAUGCGCCCGCAGUCAAGCUCACCAGUGAAUCGACCCAGAUCCGGGAGGAAGGAGCGACCGAAGGAAUGAGGCACCAGCCUGACUACAAUGUCGCCGUCGACUACCGGACUUCCAACUUCUCCCCUGUCCCCAAGCGCGUCAUGGACGGAAGUGAGCCAGGCGAUAGCGUAGCUGCAGCUGUUCUAUCUGGCGCCCCUACCGACCUCCAGGCGCGUACUGUCCGCAUCUACAAGCCCAGCAAGACUGCCACACAGUCCGGCAAGUGGAACGCUUCGCACUGGUUGAUGGACUGGGAUGUCCUUCCCAAGGGCCACCGCUGGGAAAACCCGCUCAUGGGUUGGCAGUCAUCGGCCGACUUCAUGAACGGCCACCGGAUACAGUUCAAGUCCAAGGAGGACGCCAUCAACUUUGCCAACAAGCAGGGCUACGAGUACUUUGUGCAGGAGCCCAACAAGCGGAAGUUUGUCCCCAAGGCCUAUGCCAAUCUCUUCACACAUCAGCCCAAGAAGCUCAAGGUUAUAUUGACCAAACUACUUGGUAGUCUCCAAACCAGCACCACCACCACCAACAACACAAACAACGACGACAUGGGUCGUGCUGGCUACGACAGCACACUCCUCAACCGCAAAGAAUCCGCUACGGCAGCAGUUCUUGACGGCUACAUUGCCAAGAAGGCAGUCGAAGCUGCAGUCGUGGACGCUGCAGCGGCCGAAGAGGCAAGGCUGAUCAAGAACCACCAGUCAUGCGGGAUUGUGGCUGCGCGCAAAGCCGCCAAGGAGGCUGAACAGACGGAAAAGUGA